UAAAUAUGUUAACAAAACAUACACUAAUAAAUAAUAAUCCUCCUGAUUAAAACCAGAAACAAUGAUCAUGAAGGUCACUCUCUUAUUUGGCGUAGCAUUUUCCAUUUACAUGUGUGUUUGCAGGGGAAAAGACACUGAUAAUCUCCAAGAUGUUUGUCCUACAGAUACUACGCGCAAAAACAUCUUCAUAAAUGGUUAUCCAUGCAAGAAUCCAGCAGAUAUUACUGCUUCUGAUUUCAAAAGUUCUGUUUUGAGGAAUGAAGGAGACACAGAUAACUUUCAGCGUUCAUCGACAACAAUAGUCACUGCUGCAGAAUUUGCAGGACUCAACACUCUGGGGUUAUCAACGGCCAGGACCGAUUUGGAAGUGGAUGGCGUGGUAAUGCCGCAUGCUCAUCCAAGAGCUUCUGAGAUGAUGUUUGUGGGCAAAGGAGUGGUAAUUGCUGGAUUUCUCGACACGAAAAGCCAAGUGUUCCAAAAGACACUUAAAGAAGGUGAUGUGUUUAUUGUCCCUAGAGGACUUCUUCAUUACAGCUUGAAUUCUGGGUUCGAGUUCGCCACUGUGUACUCAGUCCUAAGCAGCCACAAUCCUGGUGUAGUGAGCAUAUCAGACGCCAUGUUUGCACCAAUUGUUUCAGAACCAAUGAAGAAGCUGAUGACAAAGUUGACUUCUUUUUCAAACAACGUGACAUUGUUUCGUUAAUAGGCUUUCGAAAUCAAAGCAUUCUGCAAUUUUUAUUCUUCCAAAUUAAUUCGAAUGUAGUAUCUUAACUUAUCUUGUACCUAAUUUGCAUUUGAUUCAUGGUAUUUAAGACAGAAAAAAGCACUGCAGCUUCAAAUAA